AUGUACGUCAGCUUACCUGCCCAACCUCAUCUCCCCACCGUCAAACCAUCUGCCAUUGCCCUGGGCACUAUCUUCAAUCAUGUUGCAUCCUUGGGUGUCCUAACCCCAGUGUUCGGUGAUACCUACCAUCGCGCACAGGCCGCCAACUCAAAAGAGGAAUUCUUCAAGUCCAAGGAAGCUGCUUCUGCCGCAGCAGCAUGGAGCAGUUCUUUGAUUGGCAGCGCCGUGCAGAGCUAUGGAGUUGGCGCGUUGAUCAAUGCCACAGGCACAUUGAGUUAUAAGGGAGCUGCUUACCUGGGAAGCUUGAUUUUCUUUGCCAGUGCAGCGCCUAGUUUUAUCUCACAGGUUGUUACGGAGCGAAGGCCAAUGGAUACUGUUGCAGUUGGCGUCCUGACAAGAGUCCUGGAGACUGUUGGGUUGAGCUUGUUCCUCACCUGGUGGGGAACGAGAACUAAUCCCUUCGAUUAG